AUGUCAGACGUCAAACAUUCCCCCCUACCCAGCACCACCGCCACAGGCAAAGCUUCGUCCUCCCCGCACCAAUCCCUCAUCCUAACCCUCUCCUGCCCAGACCGAAGCGGGAUAGUCCACUCAGUCACGGGCUGGCUCGCCUCCCGUUCCUUCGAUAUCCGUGACUCGGCCCAGUAUGGUGAUCCGGACACGGGUCGUUUCUUCAUGCGCGUGCACGCCAAUGGGCCCAAGGGUAGGGUAGUGGAUCUGAACGGGUUGAGGGGAGAGUUUGAACGCGAUGUAGGUGGAAAGAUGGGGAUGGAAUUUGAGAUUCAUGAUGAGGGGAGAAAGGGAAAGGUGAUGCUGAUGGUUAGCAAGAUUGGGCACUGCAUCCACGACCUCCUCUAUCGCCACUCAGUAGGCACCCUCCCCGUCUCUAUCCCCUGCAUUGUCUCAAACCACACCACCUUUGCCACCCUAGCAGCGCAGCAUGGCAUUCCCUUCCACCACCUUCCCAUCGAUGGGCAACACACCAAGGAAUGGCAAGAGGAGCAGAUCCUCCAACUAAUCGAGGAACACGACAUCGACCUCGUCGUCCUAGCUCGAUAUAUGCAGAUCUUGAGCCCCAAGUUGUGCGAGGUAAUGAGGGGUAAGAUGAUCAAUAUUCAUCACUCCUUCCUUCCGUCGUUCAAGGGGGCAAAGCCUUACCAUCAGGCACAUCAGCGAGGGGUCAAGCUGAUUGGAGCUACGGCGCACCUGGUCACGUCGGAUCUGGACGAGGGCAAUAUCAUUCAGCAGGACGUCGAGCGUGUCUCUCACUCUGACUCGCCUUCUGACCUAGUAAAGAAGGGGUCCGAAAUCGAGACGCGCGUGCUUGCUCGAGCAGUUACGUGGUUCGCGGAGCAUCGCGUCCUCGUCAAUGGCAACAAGACGGUCGUGUUCGACUAG